GGAUCUUCUUUUCUUUCUUUUUUUGAGUAUAGAACGCGUGCGUAAAAGUUAUCCGGAGUUGAUUGUAACGCACAGUUAGACCGAUGGGAUAACAGAGAUGCUGCUGAGUGUUUGCAGUCGUUUUCUUCCUGAAAUAUAAGCCUGCAGCUGAAUGAUUUGAUUCCCGUUGUGGAUGUGGAGCUAUACGAAUUGGCAACUUUUUGGGGAGGAAUCUUGGCGCUCGAAAAGCUGCGAGAGGAUCGAAGGUGGACCAUUUUACGCACCGAUCCAAGAACAGUUCUCAUUAAUUAGAAGUCUUCCUGUGGUGAAAUCUGACUAAAACCGAGCGUCUCCUCGUCCUCGUCUCUCUGCAGAAUGGCUCGGUUCGGAGACGAGUCCGCUGCCACCACGGUGGACUCCGGAGACGGGGACAUGGAGCAAGGCGGGGACCCACAGGACCCGGAGGCGGUUCUGUCGGCUUCCGUGAAACAAGCCAAGGCGCAGCGGGCCCGGACCAUGGCUAUGUACAACCCCGUCCCCCACCGGCAGAACUGCCUCACCGUCAACAGGUCGCUCUUCAUCUUCGCAGAGAACAACUUCAUCAGGAAAUACGCGAGGAGGAUCAUUGAGUGGCCAUAUCCUUUCCAUGAAAAACACGAGUUAUGUGUGUGCGCUUCAUGGUCGUAA